AUGGUGUCCAAGAAGCAAAAGUCCGGUCAGCCAAAUCCAGAAGAGGAGGAGUUCGAAUAUAGAGAUGUACAAUGGAAAGAUUUUGUUACGAAGCCGAAAUAUAUACCGUUGUGGAUUGUGGCACUUGUUGUAAUAGCACUGUCUGCCGUGAUUGUUAUACGCCAUGAUCAAGUUGUAAAUGCCAUUAGACCAGCAUCAGAAAAGAUCCGGGACCUACCUGCGGGGUUUCUCAUUCCGAUAAUUAUUUUGAUCAUUAUUUCUUUCCCGCCUUUAUUUGGCCAUGAGAUUGUUGCUUUACUUUGUGGUGUUGUUUAUGGACUCUGGAUAGGCUUUGCCGUCGUUGCCGCUGGAACUUUCCUCGGGGAGAAAGUCGUGCAGUUGGGACAUGGUACGCUUUCAAGUACGCUUUUAGAAGAAAAGCCGUCAAACUCGAACGCACAAAUCUCAACUACGGCGCACUGGCACGCCUCACCAGAGACGGUGGAUUCCUGGUACGGCCCCUCCAACCCCAUACCAACACAAACCCUAACAGCUUCCUCAAAGAUUGUACUUAUAGUUCGGUUCUCCGUAAUACCCUCCCACUUCUCCACCGCCGUAUUCUCGACCUGCAACGUCAAGUUCUGGUACUUCGCGAUCGCAACCUUCGCCACGCUCCCCAAACAAAUCAUCCUCGUUUACGUCGGCGUCCUCUUCGCGCAGAAAAGCAAAAAUAACACUAUCAACGACAUCGUGUUGGUUAUCACAUUCCUUAUUACUGUCGCUGCGGGGGCCUAUAUAUAUAACAAGAUGAGGUUGAAUAAGAGGUUAUUGUUGGAUGAGCAGGCUGCGAGAUUGGAUGCCAAGCAACGGAUUGUAAGCCAGGAGUUUCAACUCAAUGCUGACGUGAGGGAGGGGGAUGAUCAGUGGCAGAGGGAGAGGCAUCCUGAGAGUCCUAGCUAUGUGAGGCCGCCUAUGCAGGCUAGGUGGACGGGGGAGACGCAUGAGAUGGGGGACAUGGGAAGACACAGGGCGCACCCGCAAGAAUUUAUUUGA